AUGGAGGAUGUCAUUGAUGACGAAGACGAGUUUUCACUACCUCGCAACGCCGAGAUCACUGGUUACAUUGAUUACGACAAGACACACCAUGUUUCCAUGGAAACGCAUAUUCCAGAAUCCAAUGUCGGCUACAGAUUAUUGCAAAAGAUGGGAUGGCGUGAGGGCCAAGGGCUUGGAUCCACUGGUCAAGGUCGUGUUGAUCCUGUACGAAUUGAUGUGAAGGAAGAUGUCAUUGGUAUUGGCAAAGCUCAAGAGGAACAAGCCUAUCACGUAUCAUCCACCGCCAAACGCAAAGCUCUCGGCAGCGAAAAGCAAUUGGAGGAGACUGCUGAAGAACGACAACAACGUGAAAGCAAAGCUGAGAAACAACAAUUGAUUGCUGAGGAAUUGAAGCAAGUCAAACGUGCCUUUUAUUGUGAGCUUUGUGACAAGCAAUACAGCAAGAUUGCCGAGUACGAGCAGCAUCUUCAAAGCUAUGAUCACCAUCACAAAAAGAGAUUCAAAGAUAUGAAGGAAUCGACUCGAAAAUCUGGAUUUGCGCGAUCUGAACAAGAUAAACGACGAGAGCGUGAGAGAAAGAGAGAAGAACGAGAAUUGAAACGGAUGCACGAAGCAAUGCUACAACGAGCUGGUGGUGGUGGUGCAAAGUCAUCGACAAGCCAUGAUACAACAACAACGACGACAACGACUCGAUCCAACAACACAAGCAGCAAUAGUAGUGGAGGAUGGGUGACAAAUGUGCCUCAAUCAUCAAGUGGCGGUGGAUGGGUAUCAGCAAACGACAAUUCAGGUGGUAAAAGUGGUGGAUGGGCAGCCGUGAAUGAUCAGCCUACAAGUACCAGUGAUAAUAGCAGCCGUGGUGGUGGUGGUGGUAGUAGUAGCAAUAGUAAUAGUGGUGGUGGUGGUGGUGGAUGGAAUAGUGUAUCUGAAUCAGCCACGACAUCGACAACGACACCAUCUACACCACCUCGAAAGUUUACAUUAGAUGCCCCUAAAAAGAAGCCUGCUGGAUUUCGAUUUGGAUUCAAUAAAAAGUGA